AUGCCCGCCUUUGACGAUGAUGAUGAUAGAUCCCAGGAUGGAAGUUUCGACAACGACAAUGACGAGACCAUGCAGGACCUCGAUGAGGGCGACGGCGAUGGGGAUGCUGACGGUGAUGGAGAUGGAGACGGUGAUCUAGACGGGGAUGGAGAGGGCGACGGCGACGACGAUGAUGAUGCUGAGAGUCACCAGAGCGACUCUCAACCCACGGACAAUGAAGAUGGUUCUGGCGAACCAAACACCACUCAGGAUCGGACGCAGCGGUCUUCAGCCUUGCAAACUGGCCUCUCACGUGGAGCGGCGGCACGAUCCAACAUCUCCCCCGAGUACCUCGAAGCCGCAACCUACGAUAUUGUCCCGACGAUAGCUGCCCCCCAAAGCACUUCCAUCAACGCUGUGUGCGCGACUGCAGACAUGCGUUGGGUAUUCACCGGGGGCUCCGACGGCUACAUCCGGAAAUUCAAUUGGGUCGAGUCAGUUAAUAACAAACUUGCCCUCACAGUAGCUCAACGCCAUCCUUUUGUCGACAGCGUGGUCAAAGCCGGUGUUUUGAUGACAUAUUGGGAGAAUUGGGAUUCUCGACCCCAAUCAUCUCAAACCCUGUCUCCGGUCUACUCACUGGCUUGCCAGAGCCAGGCUUUAUGGUUGUUGUCGGGGACAGCAUCCGGCGCCAUCCGACUACAGUCUGUUAGACAUGAUGAAGGCCGAGAGAUUGCUCUGUUGCAGAAACAUACUUCUGCAGUCUCGGUCCUCUCCCUUUCUUCCGAUGAGAGGAGCUUAUUGUCUGGAAGUUGGGACAAGACAGUUUUAGACUGGGAUUUGGACACCGGCCAAGUACGAACCACUUUCGCGGCGAGUGCCGUACAGAUUUCGUCGAUCGAAAUACGCCCUUUAUCAUCUCUCCCUGUUCCAGCCGAAUCAGGACAAGUUGUCGUAACUAAUGGCACCAUGUCCUCCAACGACGGCAAACCUCCCAAUGGUAUCAAAAGUGAGGCGCCAGGUCAAAAUCUCCCAGAACAACCCGCGGUUGCCACACCGGACUCACUAUUCGGGGAUGGAGACGAUGACCUCUUCGGAGACGGCGCCGGAGGGGUCAUGGGCAACGGAGGAGACCUCGCCGACGCGUUUGGAGAAGAGGAUGAUGAAAUGUCGCGGGCGAUGGCGAACGGGCCGCACCCAGAAGAAUUGGUUGAUCACGACAUGUUAGACGCCACACAGCCUACACGCCAAACAGCGUCUGCCGCUCAAGGGGCAAAUACCGAAACUCCGGUCACUGCGGGCGAAGUCCCUAAUGGGGUGCCUAACACGGCUGAACAGCCACUAGCCAAUGGCUUGCCACACGCCGAAGACAUGGAGAAGCACGUCGGCGAUCAGGGCAACGAUCAAGAGGCCGAGGCACCUCCUACAUCCGUUUCAACCUUCCUUGCUACAUCUAUCGAUGGGGCUAUACGUGUCUGGGAUCGAAGGCAAUCCAAGCCGGUUGCGCGUAUCCUGCCACGAAACACACCUCCGUGGUGCCUCAGUGCAUGUUGGUCACCCGACGGCAACUAUAUAUAUGCAGGAAGGCGAAACAAUACCGUUGAAGAGUACGACUUAAGAAAGGGAUUGAGAGGACCAGAGCGCGUCUUCCGGUUUCCGAAUGGAAGCGGGGCGGUUACUUCCGUCAAAGCCAUGCCCAACGGUCGCCAUCUUAUUUGUGCAUCAUAUGAUAUUCUACGACUUUAUGAUUUGAAGGAAUCCCAGUCUCAACGGUCCACUGUACCAUUCUUGAUCGUGCCCGGUCACCGAACGGGAGUGGUAUCACAUCUGUACCUUGAUCCGGCAUGCCGGUUUUUGCUGUCCACCGGAGGCAACCGUGGUUGGGAAGGAGCAUCAACGGAAGUGCUCUUGGGGUACGAAAUAGCAGUUCCUGGUCGGUGA